AUGUCGUUGAAAACUUUUCUAGCUAUAAUUCUUAUUUUCGGAAUUUCUGCAAUCAAAAAAUGUGUGUAUUAUGAUUUCGAUUUUUGAAAAAAAAGCUGAAUUUCAGCUCAACAUAGAGAACCAUGUCAACGACAGCUGAACUGUGUUGAAAGUACUCGUGGUUUACGAAACAGUCAAAUAAGUAUCCGAAGACAAUUAUUAUCAUUUAAUUCAGAAUAUCGAUUGUGUAGAUCAACAAAAAAUUCCACCAGAGAAAACUGUGCAAAUUUCUCGGACAGAAUGUUCGAUUUAACUCAUCCUCAGGCAAAUCGUCCCACCGGCGCAACACCAAAUCUCCACUCACUCAACACCGUUCUUCCACCGGUGGGCCCACCGGUGGGAAACCGGUGGAGCUUCGGUGUUCCACCGGUGGGCAAAGGGGGAACACCGGUGGAGUUUUGGUGUUGCACCGGUGGCGUUCAGGUGUUCAACCGGUGGGAUUUAGGUGUUGCACUGGUGGGUUUGGAAAAUUUUUUGAGAGAAAUUUAUUUGUUUUAUUUUUUCUGUUCAGAAUAUUUGAAUUCCUUUGAGCAAAAUUAGUUCGCCAGAGCGAACUUUCUGACUAUCUCUUUAGUGGAAAGACAAAAAUUCUCCUGACAAGAGAAAACCUCAAUAAUAGAAGCAUUUUGAAGUUGAAAUUCGCGGAUUUCGUGGAAGGUCAUGCAGUGAGUUCACCGACAUUUCGCGAGGCGCGCGCGCCGCUAUGUUUUUGAUAGGCCGUUUUCAAUGCUCGUCUUCCAUUUUAUCAACACCAGUGGAACACCAGAUGAAAGGUGGACAACCGGUGUUGAUUAGGUGGGAAACCGGUGCUUAUUAAGUGGACCACUGGUGUGGUAAAAAAUGUUGGAAAAAAAAUUAAGCGGUGUUAAUCCGGUGGGAAGUGGUGUUGCGCUGGUGUUAGAACGGUGUUCAAUCAGUGUUAGUUGAGUGGAACACCGGUGUUUUUUUCUAUUUGGUGUUGCGCCGGUGGGACGAUUUGCCUGAGAAGGUUUCCCCAAUUUGAUUGUGGUGUCAAAAAAGUUAAAAAUGAAGAGGAAAAACAACAAGAAAUUCAGCGAUUCAAACAUUGUGUCAAUAAGAGAAGAAAGCAUCACAUGAAUCUCAAUAGAGGAUUCUUGGCGAUGUUUGAUUGUGAAUGUUUCGAACUUCGAUAUACUGAUUAUUGA